AUGCCAGCCACUGUAUCCUUCUUCACCGAAACUCCCUUCUCCUCCAACCCGCUGGAAACGAGGGAUGACUUGGCUCGAUUCCUGAAAGACCUUUUGGAUCCUCUUGCAGCACACACGAGCCCAGGAGGCGCCCGAAUCCAGCUUGGAUACACUGGAACACACUAUGACGACGUCGCUGCCCAGCUCGAAGGGUUCUCUCGCCCGAUCUGGGGCCUUGCGGCACUCCUGGCAGGCGGUGGGGACUACGAAGGCACGAGUCGAUGGGUCAACGGGUUCGCAAACGGUACAAACCCAGAGAGCCCAGAGUUUUGGGGAUGGAUGCGAGAUAAGGACCAGAGGAUGGUGGAGUGCUCCGCGAUAGGGUUCACGUUGGCUGUGGCGAAGGAAAAGAUCUGGGAUCCAUUGAGUGAUGAAGCGAAGAAGAACUUGGAGGAUUGGUUGGCGAUUAUGAACGGGAAGGAGAUGCCGAACACGAACUGGCUUUGGUUCAGGGUCUUCGCGAACUUGGGCCUGUCAAAGGUCGGGUCGUCUAGAUUUGACGCUGCGAGGAUGAAGGCUGAUCUUGACCACCUCGAUACUUUCUACAUCGGAGAUGGGUGGUCUCGAGACGGGCCAGAGGGCAUUGUCCAGUUGGACUACUACUCUUCGUCGUUCGCUAUCCAGUUCGCCCAGUUGGCGUAUUCCAAGUUGAUGCAGAAGGAGGACCCCGAGCGUUGCGAGGAGUACCGGAACCGAGCCAAGAAGUUCGCCCAAGAUUUCGUCCACUACUGGGACGAGGAAGGUCGACCCAUUCCAUUCGGCCGAAGCAUGGUGUAUCGCUUUGCGAUGUCAUCAUUCUGGGGAGCUUUAGCCUUCGCGGACGUCGAGCUGCCAGCACCACUCACCUGGGGGGUUAUCAAAGGCCUCCAGCUUCGCAAUCUCCGAUACUGGGCGAAGCAGCCAGGAGCUUACAACUCUGACGGCACGCUGACGAUCGGAUACGGUUAUCCCAACCUUAACAUGACAGAGAACUAUAACUCUGCUGGGUCCGUGUACUGGUGCUGCAAGUCGUUCGUCACGCUUGCUCUGCCAGAGAGCCACCCUUUCUGGGCCGCCAAAGAAGAACCGUUCCCCGAGGCGCUGAAGGAGACGACGAAGUUCCUCACUCACCCGCUUCAUAUCACCACCAACCUUGGAGGACACACGUUCCUCCUGUCGUCUGGUCAGCAGUGCUCAUACCCCGUCAAGCAGAGUGCUGCCAAGUACGGGAAGUUGGCGUAUUCUUCCGCGUUUGGCUACAGCGUGCCUACCGGGAACCUCACGCUCGAAGAGUUGGGUGGCGACAACACGCUGGCGCUCAGCAAUGAUAAGGGGGAGACGUGGAAGUGUAGACGAGAGACGAAGGAAGCGAGGAUCGAGGAGGGAAGAUGGUUGCGAUCAAUGUGGUACCCUUGGGAAGGUGUACAGGUUGAGACUUGGCUGAUUCCACCACAGAAGGAGAAUCCUCUCUGGCACCUGCGGGUCCAUAGGAUCCGAACGAACCAGCCUUUGACUUCCGCGGAGGGAGGUUUCGCCUUGUACGGACAAAACGCUAUUGGGAGAGCGUUGGAACCCUCAACGAACGCUGACGAAGGUACUCUGGAAGAUGGAGCGGUCACCAGAGCCACAUCCAAGGCUGGGGUUUCAGGGCUGGCAGGCCUUGAAGCGAGCUCGACAAGGAUCGGAAAGGCUCUUCGCAUGGAUCCCAACACCAACCUGAUCGAGCCGAGGACCGUACUUCCGACUUUAAUGGGUCAGCACGAGGCAAGCGACAAGGACCACUGGUUGAUCACUGGCGUCUUCGCUGUCCCGAGCAGUGCUUUUCCUCAGCACGAAUCGUGGCUGGGUGAGUGGGAGGAGAAAACGAAACUCUCCCAGUCCCUAUUCUUAUCCUUGAUCCAGGAUAAAUCAUAG